CAAAAUUGACAUUCUUUGUAAUAAAUUGUUAGUGAGUGCUUAUCACAGAAUAUAAAAAUGAUAUUAAUGACAGCCUGAUGCUGCUGAUGGCACAUUUCAUGUCCCCAGUACCACUGAACCUAACCUCACCCACAUUCUACAUCAAACAAGAAUGCCCACCACCUGACACGAUCCUGGACCUGUGCGUCAGAAAAAGAAGCAGGGUCGAGUCCCCUGACUACACCCUCAGCUACCCAAGCCCAAAGAGAACCCCAGAAUGCGUGGACCCCAUAACCACAACGUACUACACCAGAAGCCCCGAGCCAAUAUCGCAAUGCUACGAGAACAGCCCCAAGAACUCAGUAAUGAGCCCGAAUCCCAGUGCAGCGCUGAAGACUAGGCCGUUCAAAGCGUUCCCCAAGGACCCCCUUGCACUGAACCUUGGGGUAGUCCCGCCCACCUCGCCCAUUUCUGACUCAGAUUCAGUGGCGUACGAGGACUUCAGGACCAAGAUGCUCGCCCAGGUGCAAGCCAGUCACAACAUCAGCAACAAGAAUAUGAGGAGGAUUCAGAACCAUACCGAAAAGAGUGCAGAUCCUGAGUACCUGGAGAGGAGGAAGAAGAACAAUGAGGCAGCGAAGAGGUCCAGGGAUGCCAGGAAAGCCAAGGAGGAUGAGAUAGCGAUCAGAUGCGCGUUUUUGGAACAGGAGAAUAUGAAGAUGAAGUUUAGGUUGGCGGCACUCAAUGGGGAGGUUGAGAGAUUGCAGAGUUUGCUGUACCGAUGAUAUUGUCGGUGUUUUGUGACGAUACUUUUGUAAAUAUUUUGUUGUACAUACGAG